AGGAAGUGAAAUGAAAAAGCAAGAAUCAAUAGGAAUCCAUAUAUGAUAGAACUCAAGAGAUCAGACUGUAAUAAAGAAUAUCAAAGAGAGAUCUAUAGAGAGAGAGAGAGAGAGAGAGAGAGAGAGAGAGAGAGAGAGAGAAGGAGAAGGCAUAUUUGGUAGCCUCAUUUACAAAAUCUUGAGGCCAAAAAAAACCCCAAGAAUUCUUGUUUGGAGAGACUCUCUCAAACAAAGUGUCUUAAAUGAGAAUUUUUGGGUGUCUUUGUGAAUAUUAUUCAUCUUCUAAUUUGCAAGCUCCAUAUUCAAAUCUAAUUAGCUUGCUAAUUUGUUCAUGCCAGAACCAAACACCUCAAAUAAUCCAAGGAAGCCGUGGUAUCAAAGAGCAAUGGAAAUAGUGGGAACUCAAUGGAAAACAAGUUCAAAGUCAAGAGAAAUCACAAUUACAACACCAAAUGGGACAUUCAAUUCCAAGGCCAAUAAUGGGAAUAAGAACAACAACAACAACAAAAUGAGAAAAUGCACUUCUCUAAAGAUAGCAACUUCAUUCACAAGAGUAUGUCUUUGUGCCCCAAUCUCUUCUUACAAUGAAAUUUUUCAACAAGCUGAAAUUCCACCAAGAAGAAGCCAUAGCUAUCCAAGAUCUAAGCCAUUUCCAACCAAUAGUAACAACAACAAUGGCAAUAACAAUCAUAUUAUCACACAUGAAAGAAUACUUCUUCCAAGUGCAAGACUUAGCGGCGAAAGUAGUCGACGGUUUUUUCGAGGAAAGUCUCUCACAGACGACGUUUUGAUGCGGAGAUUCGUGGUCGAAGAAGAGGCAAUGAUGCAAGUGAGGAGGAGAAACCAAAUGGAAGUUAUAAGGAAAAGGAAUUUGAUGAGGAGAAGGAAGAAGCUUGGACCAAGCCCUCUUAGCAAAAUGGUAAUAGCUGAGGAAGAACUAUGACAUACACAUUUAAUAUGUAAUAUACCCUCAAAAAAAAGUUGUUUAAUUAAUUUAGUUCUUAUGUCAAGACUUGUAAA